GGAAUCUCAGCAAAACUAAUGCGACAACUAUAUCUCACCCUCGCGGUGCCAAAGUUCACAUACGGAGCAAACCUAUGGUUCAAGCCCACACUCCGUAACGACACAACGACAACGCAAAGGGGAUCAAUAGGUGUAGCCAAACGUCUGGCAAGUAUCCAACGGAUAGCAGCAAUCAGCAUAACUGGCGCAAUGAGGACAACCGCCACAGAUAUACUGGACAAUCACGCUAACCUACUACCAAUCCCCCUUCUUCUACAACAGAUAUGUCAUAGAGCAGCUCUACGACUUGCCACGCUUCCACAACGACACCCGCUACACCCACACCUACAACACAUCAUCCGUUAUCGAAAUACAGCACGCCACCGAUCAUCGUUACACAACCUCUUAGCCACCUACCGUCUCUACCCCAAAGACAUCGAGACACUAGACUUCGUCGACAGAUCGAACAGCCACAGAUCGAAUGUCUACAAGACUCACAUCAAUCGAAAGGAAAAAGACGCAAUCAAGGAACAAAAGGAGUUGAAAGACGAAGUGCAAAUAUUCACGGACGGCUCAGGGCACAAUGGGAAAGUGGGCGCAGCAGCGAUCCUACUACGAGCGGGACAAGCACCUCGUAAAUUAAGAUACCACCUUGGAUCAGAACGCAAGCACACAGUCUUCGAGGUGGAAGUCAUUGGCCUAUCAUUAGCGGCACAGCUCAUC